AGGAAAUUCUUUGUUCGAAACCAUAGCAACAAUUUCCCGCCAUUGUCUAUUUCGAAUUCAGCACCAUUCGUUUGUUUUUCCAACAAAGGGACGCCAUGUUUCACGCUGUGCUGAGUGCAUUGUGUCUGAAAUAACAACCUUUUCAGGCUUUUGUGAUCCUCGUGGAAAGAAGUCAUUUGGCGUGAAUGGCGGAGUGAAUUGCAAUUUGCGCCCUUUUGAUUUCAAGCUCUUAUCCAGGGUUUAGAAUUUUCGCAAAGCGAAGACAGAUAGGGGAGAGUAUCGAAAGUUAGAUCUUUAGAAUGCGUCAUCACGAAGUUGUUUCUUCUACUCCUUGUGCGUAGGACAGGACACGAUGGUGGUAUAUUUGACGUAGCCAGUGCUUUACUUUUCAAUGGACAACAACUCUAUCGCUAAUCGAAGACGAGAGAAAGGACUCGAAUCGAAGAAUGGCUCUAAAGACACUAAACUGGAUUUCCUUAGAAAGAGAGCAGCUCAUGAUUUCCCUCAUGAGCAUUGCCACAAAGCCUCAAUACAGGAUCUUCCAAUAACUGAUGAGAAGUGCCCAUAUCAAUCCAGCAAAGAGAGCUCAGAUGAAGAAUGGUCUGAUUUCUCUUUUUAUGAUUUGCCAGAUACUUUAAAGGACUCUUUCCAUAGGUCAGUUCAUCCUUCAGAACACAUGAUACCUUCUCACAUGGUGUCCAGACCUCCUUACCAUGCUACUGCAAAAGCUCAUCGAGUGCACACAUUGCUAGACACUGAGGUUGGCAAUCCAUUCAGCUUGGCAAUGGAAGACUCAGUAAAUCAACUACUGUCACAAGAGACUGCGCCUCAGAACGGUAAUCAAACUUCAGAGAGUACAGCAAGUGGAAUCAGUACCACAAGUGGUGUUCAGGAUGUGAUCACCUCAACCAAAGCAUUUGAUGGAAGUUUAUUUUACAGACAUUCUGACUUGAUGCUUAAUAGUAAACACAGAAGAGAGACUAGAUUUGAAGGGCUUCAACAGAAUAGAGGCCAGGAUGCACAUGUUACUAACCCCAAUUCUUCAAGUUUGUCGAGUAAAGCUUCAAUGAAAGGCCACCCAGACAUUCUUGUUGUUCCAUCCGAGGUUUCUGUGCACAAAACAGGGCGAAAUGGUCAUGGUGGCGUUGAUAAAAGUGAAAAUGCCAGCUAUUUGGAAAGACUUAAGAGGAGUUACCCAUCGAAUGGAAGCUAUUCAGGAGGUUCCAGUUCUCAGGAAAUACUUGCAAAUAAAUUUAUGCAACGAUCAAGGGAUGCCCUGAUUAGGAGGGAAAAGCAGAAGGUUGUUCCAGGAAGUACAUUCAAGAAAGAGCAUUCUCCUAAAUCGGUUUCAUUCGCAAAUUCUGUUAAGGGCACUGAUAAACUAAGCAAAUCGUAUUCUUCUGGUAAAGAAGAUGGAAAUGAGCAGUUGAUAAACAGCAGACCCAAGGAAGGACAUGCUCAGAAUGGCUUCCCUGUACAGCAAGAGCACACCGUACAGAGCAACGUGGUGUUGAGUGGACGCCUUGGCCAAAACUUCGUUGAAUCUGGAGUACAAAAAAAUGCAGUGAAGAGAAGCUUUGAUCAGAAACCAAGACUAGAGACUACGGUGGCAGAAAGGAACGGUCUGAGUGAGGGAAAUAGCAGUUAUGGUGACCCCUAUGAUGUGGCUCUCCCACCCUCCCCUCCCACCAGAGAUACAUGUACGAACCAAAGUUCAGAUCACUGCAAUUCACAACGGAGUUCACACUCAGUUCGGCUUUUGUCUCUGUAUGGUGAACACAACUUGUUUGAAUCAAAUCUCUCCAGGAAUUUAGCCUCACCGUCCAGACAAUCAAAUGUCAGUUUGGGAUUCAGUGGAAAUAAAGUUUUGUCUAGAUCUUCACUCAGAUCAGCAGGGAAAUCAUUCUUACAGCAAACAAACAGUAAAGUGGAUCUGAGCUCAAGGCCAAGCCUGAUGUCGAGUGGACGUAGCGGAGACGACAGUCUCACAAUUGAGGAGUUGUUAAGCAGCGGAAGUGUGAAGUCAAGUCCAGAUAAUUCACCGCCUUAUAGGUUCACUCCUCACUUUGAGAAAAGCAGUAAAAGAGAACACUCACUUGACGAUUACUUGGAUAAAAGAGGAAAUCUCCCACAGGAUCUCAGCUUGAGAAACUCAUUUUCAGUGGAUAAAUCACAGAGAAUUUCCUCUGCUCUCUGGGCCUCUCGAACGUCCAGUCCAAAUUCUUAUCAGGAGCUGCUGCUCAAGGGUCGCCUUUUUCGACGCUGGUACCAGAAGACAAGGCUGAAAAGGCUGAUCAAACAAGAGGAUGACGUCAAAUUACAAAGUGCAGUCACGUUCUGGCAAACAGAGACGCAACAUAAGUAUUUUGAAGCAUGGAGAAAUGCCAGGACUGUUCAGCUGGAAAAAGCAGACAAACUGCGAAGAAAGCUCAUGCUACAGAAAGGAUUGAGUGCCCUGCGAUUUGCUGUGAGUCAGCAUAAACAGUCCGUAUCGGAGGUCCAGACGAGGGCUAGAGCCAGGAUUACGGCCAAAUACUGGCUAAAGUGGCAAAAGGCUGUGCAAACGAAAGUGACUGAUAGACUGCGAGAAGCGUUUGACAAGUGGCACUUGUUCAAAAUGGAUCAAAACAGGGGCGCAAUGAUGGAACAGAUGGCUGACAGGCACAUAUUAUCGAGAAAUUAUAUUAAAUGGAAGAUAAAGUGUGAUAUGGAGCAGAAGAAUGGAGUUGCUUCCUUACACUACAAAAUCGGUUUACUGACAAGGAGCUGGCACAGCUGGAGAUUGUACGCUUCACAGAGAGUGGUUAAAACAAGAUUGAAAGAAGUUGCCAGAGUACACUAUGAAGAACAUUUACAGGCCAGAUUAUUUACCCUUUGGAAGGAAAACACGGGCAAAGCAGUUGUCGCAGAUAGUUUGAAAUCGAAACGCGUACUUGUAAAAGCUUUCUAUUGUUGGAAGAACUGGACUCAGUAUGCCAAGAUUAUUCGGCUGAGGUUCCAGAGCAUGUGCAAGGAAUAUCAUCGUCACAAGUUGGUCAAGCAAUCUUUUCAUCACUGGAAAAUCCGGCUAAUGAACCGGCAGGCGGAUAGGCGUUACAGAAACGGACUUCAGAGGAAGAUAUUCAAGUUGUGGUUUUUGCGGUACAGGAGGAAGGUUAUUCAUCGACAUCUGUGCAAGGCCUUGGCCAAAAAGGGGAAAAAGCGCAGGUUCUUCAACAGAUGGUCAAAUUUUACCAAACAGCAAAGGGAGAGGAGAAGAGCCUUUGUUGGUUCCUUAGAACGGAUGCUUGUCAGCAGCAUGUUAAAUAACUGGAAACAACACGUGAAAGAGAACAAAGCUCUCAGGAGCAAAGAAAUUCAGUUGAUCCAGAAGAAGAAUCACAUCGCUUCGCGAAAAAUGAUGGAUCGCUGGUUGUUUGCCAUGAAGGUGGCUAACUUCAGAAAGAAAGCGAGAGUUAAUUGGUCCAAGCGGUGUACAAAGAAAGCAUGUGAAGCUUGGAAACUUCUUUUAAAGAAGAAGUACUUGGAGCAAAGACUGAUGGUGAAUCGCGAUAUCUGGCAACUAUUGAUGAUGAAAAGAAUUUUUAGGACCUGGAAACUGCAGAAGAGAAAAGUUGAUGCAGAGAAUGAAAAGGUCUUCAGAGCAAGAGCUAUCUUGACAAAGAACUUCAAAGCUCGUGUCCUUCAGGCGUGGAGAGUUGUUAAUCAGGAACAACAAAUCAUUUCACCCAUGGUAGCUCGGAGAGAGAGGAAAGAAAUGGCCAGGGUUUUUGAUGCUUGGAGACUUCACGUACAUCGCCUGAAAAAUAUUGUUGAUCAGAAGACAAGAGCGACAGAAAAGAUACUUGACAAAUACUUCCUGUUUUGGAGAGAUCGGGCUUAUCUUCGUGUUAAAGAAACAGAAGUAAACGAGACGCUGCUUCGGAAUAAAAUGUCAAGAGCUUUUGCUGCUUGGAGAGGUUACAUAAAAGAUCAGCGAUACGCCAAGCUGAAAAUACGCGCGCGACGAUUUGAACUAAUGGAGAAGUUCUACUCUUUAUGGAAAGAAAAAGUUCAACAUAGAGCUGAGGAGAAGGUCGAGGAGAUUGGAAAGGAGGCUCGAGGUUUGCUAUUGGUCAAAUGGUCCUUUAGAUUUUGGAGAGCAUCCGCUGACCGUCAGAGAGCGUAUCGCUUGAGGCAAGAAGAAAUUGCGGAUGAUCUAUACAGGAACACAGUUACGAGGAAAGCAUGGGCAGUUUGGCUGAGACGUUACCGUGUGGAGGAAUGGGCAAGAGAUCACGCUCUUACAAAGAAGGACGCCUUUCUGCGGAGUAUGUUUCAAGCAUGGCACCGUAUUACUAAAGAGAUCCUACAAGUGGAGAUGCAAAAGUUUGCUACCUCAGUGUCCGGCUUGGAUUCUUCCUUUGGAUCGUUCUCCCCUUCUUUUCGCCAGCCGUUAGGUUCAACCUUAGGCUCGACUCUUGGCUCCACUGUGUCUGACGCCCUUACUUCCUCAGGGUAUGGCGCCUCCAUUCGGAGGGGAUCUGGUACCGUGUUUACAUUUGGGUUAGCUCUCAAGGAGAGGGACGAUGAUACGGCCUCACUGCCAGGAAGAAUCGAUGGCAUAGACCAGCUUUUGAGGCCAGAGAGUCCCAUUGUUCGACCCAUUUCCCCUAUAUCUAUCCUGAGAGAUUCUCGCCCCAUGUCCCCCUUGGCGUUCAAUUCAAGUCACACCAGUCCCGUCCCCUCCCCCUCUCCUUCCCCCAGUCCUGAGCAUCCCCUCCCAUCAACUCCACCCAUUAGACUGGAGGACUUUUCUCCUGUGAAGUCUGAGGACGAUACAGGCAUUCACUCUGGAAGCAGCGAGACGGAUCAUGAGGACUAUGACGGUAUGAGCACUGCUUCAUGUACGUCCUUCACCGGGCGUAGCACACAAAGUGAACCACGUGAUCGUGAGGUGAUGGCCACAGAGACUAUACUGCACUGGAGGAACCUGCCUCUGAGUCUGACUUUUAGAACGUGGCUAAAAUUUACCCGCCAAAGAAAACUACAAAAGGAGCUUUUGAACUACAUCACAAACAACAAGACAACAGAACUGAUGUCGAAAACUUUGGGAAAAUGGAGAAGAGAGCUGUAUACGAAAGUCACUGCAAGGCAACACUGGCUUGACACAAGCCGUCUCAAAUACCUGAGGAUCUGGCACGAGUACGCUGUCACAAAGAGGAUCCAAGAGGAAAGGAAGAUGCUGGCUGAUGAUCACUGCAGGCUCUCAAGGCUCAAGGGUGGCUUUCAGAAGUGGAAGAAAAAGUGCUCCGCUAAGAAGAAGCUACAAGAGCUAAUCGGACAGUGGCAGAAGAAGGCUAUUGUGACCGAGAAAGACAAAGGCUUCACUCAGGUCAUUCAGAAGAAGCAGAACGACAGAUUUGUGCGGCAGACUUUCACUUAUUGGGUGCAGAUGACAAGAAAGAGUCAAGACGCCAUGCGACUAUACACAGACAGACUUCUACCAAAGUGUUUUAAGGCUUGGCAUGUCCUUGCCUCUACUCGUGUUUCUAAUAGGAAGAAAGUGGUACUGUUUGGAGAAAGAAGGCUCUUGACCAUGGCAUUCAGGGAGUGGCAGGCCCGAUUCCAGGCCAUCAGUCUUGUUGACGAGUUUAUCGAGAUUAAGGAAGCUGAUCGGCUGUUAGAAAUUCUUCGAGUAUGGCACAACUGGGCGAAUGGUAUGAACACGCGGAGGAAACAAUCUCGUCUUUUUCGUCGCUCUGUGGAAUUGAAAAUCACAAGAGAGAUUUUUAUCAACUGGUUGACAGGCGCUCAACAGCUUCAGAUAGCCAAGAGAACACACGAAUUACAUAUAUUGAAAUGUGUGUUUGUCGGAUGGAGGGAUGUGGCUCUGGAAAGGACAAGAAACAAACGAGCGAUGCAAGAGUUCAAGAAAAACGUUGGCGCAAACUUGCUUGCUCGAAGCUUCCGUUUCUGGCAACAACUUCUGGCCCACUCAGAGUUAUCGCGGGCGCACAAUCAACAGCGUGAUCACAAUGCACUUCGGGAAUGUUUCGAGGAUUGGAGGAAUUACACGCUGGAAAUCCGAGCAGACAAGUUCUACAUCAUGGCGUUGCAAAAACAGAUGUUCCUGUGUUGGUACGACGAAUACACGUCCCGAAAAACCACACGCCGUCUUAUCCACAGUUGGAAAAGUAUUACAGAAGAAGCUAAAGUAUUGAACAACAGAGCCAUGCACAUCGCCGAAGGGUCGGAGAAGAAGUUGUUACGGCGUAUGUUUGAUAACUGGGUGCAGGAAGCUCAUAAAGUACAAAAAGCAAAGAGUCAUGCGAGUGGAAAGAUGAUCAGAAGAACUUUGCUCGGAUUGCAUCAGUAUGUGCAAUCACGAGUCGAGAAACGAAAAAUCUUACAGGAAAUACUGCAAAACAAGGAAGAAGAAUUGGUAUCUAAGUCCUUCAAGACUUGGAGAGAAAGAUUCCAACGCAAUAUGAGAAACCUGGAGGUCUUAGAGGAGCAUCUUCAGAGAAAAGAGUCAGAGUUACUUCACUAUUGUCUUGUAAAGUGGGUGAAAUUCAUGCUGCGGUGUAAAGCGGAAAAAUCUUACGAGAAAAAAAUCGUACACAAGUGUUUCACAAGAUGGUGGCUUGCGUUGUACACCAAGAAGGGCUCUGAAAAACUUCAAGAGAAAAUGCUUAUCAGAAAAACCCGAGAAGCUGGUCGACACUGGAAACAAUGGACGAUUAAGGUGAAGAAACAAGCGGAGAUGGCGAACGAUCUUCAGACAAAACACGGCCGACGUUUGGUACAUUUAUACUUUGUGCAGUGGACGGAAAAAACGCGGCAGAUGCAACAAGCAAAGGAUUUGCACAACCGCACAGUAUUGAAGAGAUCACUGGCAGAAUGGCACCAAUUUUCAAGAAAGAAGAUAAAUGAACGGAAGAAAAUUAAUUCUUUUCGAGACCAGACAAUGAAUAAAAAGGUUUCUCGCCUGUUCUAUGAUUGGCACGAGGCGCUUAAAGUCGCCCGCAAGCACAAGGAGCUGACAGACGGACAGAUGAUUCAUCACAACAGACGAGUGAAACGGGGCUGUAUGCAGGAAUGGAAAAAAUUUACACUGAAGAGCCGCGCAGAGAAACAUUGUAACAAGACAGUCACUUCUAAGUUUUUUGCCGACUGGAAGGCAAAGACAGAACUGAAGCAGGCAGAAAAAGAAAAAGCUAAGCAACAAGAGGAAAUCGCUGACGAACAUUACCAGAAAAGGUUGAGCAAAAUGUGUUUCCGCGCCUGGUUUCAUGACACAAAACUUGAGAUACACAGCAGAAAGAAGGAAGAACGCAUUGUAGCGAAGCACUUCAUGAUGUGGAAGAAGAGAAUUGACUUGAACUCGAUCGCCACUGAAAUGGUUGAUCGCCGUGUAUUUGAAAAGUUUUGGACGAAAUGGCGUCACCAGUUGAUAAGGAAAAGAGUGUCGGAAAUGAUGAUGAAGCAUGAAGACAAAAAGCAGCUAUCUGAGGUUUUUAUGGCUUGGUACCAGCUCACGCUCGUGCGCCGUCGCUUGCUCAAAGGAUGGCAAAUGUACAAGACCAAGAAACUCUUUCGGCUCUGGAUGCAAAAAUACAACGAGUCGUAACCUGCGAGUGAAAAAAACUACCGUUUUGAGAAACGACUUCAAAAACGCAAACUUUUCUUGGUCGUUUUAUGAUCAUAGGGAUCGGUCAUUAUUUAUCUCCGAAGGGGAAGGGCUGGAGGAUUUUGGUUGUGUCAAAACAAAAUUUACCUGAACCCCCCUUAGGCUCUGUGGUAGUUUAAUGAUCCUAUCCCACAAGCAUUAAACUUGCU